AUGCGCGAAGCGUGGGAAGGCGACAAAGGCGAAAAUGCGAAAAUGCGAAAAUGCGCAGAGAACAGGGAUGGUAACGACGACGGACGCAUGCAUUGCAUGGAACUAACUGCCAAGUACAUGGUGGUAGAAAGAUGUGGUAGGAAGCUGUGGUGUAAAACGAACAUGAAAGGCUCGGAGCCGAAUAGGGAGCGCUCUAAGUAUGCUAAAUAUGGUCUGAUAACGAAAAGGGACACACCUAGGAACUGGUUGGAUGAUGGAUGGAUGCUCCUGGAUGAUGCGCGAUGGAGUGCGCUUAAGCGUGAGAAACGCGCUAAGCGCGCACGCGGGAACGCGAAACGCGAAAGCGAGAGCUGUGCAUUGUAUGCGCAAAUGACUGGAGACAUAGCAGAAGUUGUGUAUGGAGUAGGGCGACAAGUGCGAGAGAAAUGCGCUAAGCGCGCGCGGGGAAUGCUGCGCGUUGUGUGGGAAAGUAGCGCGCCUAUGGCGCGUUUCGCGGGAAAGCUGCGCGUUAUGCCAAUUGUCAUGAGUUGUGAAAAGGCGCGAAAUGUGCCCAUAUGUGCCUGCAGAAAUAGAUGGACCAAAGUCAGAUCUAUCUUCCAUCUCGACAUCAACAUCAUUUUGUGGAAUUUCUUGGUCAAGGGAGUGUUUUGUAACUUACGUGUGAAGUGUUCGCAGACAGGUCGCCACUGUGGUGACGAGGCCGCAAAUUUGCAAGCCAUGCGGCAUCUUUGA